AUGAGCUUACCUCAUGAGCUAGAUGAUCGGAUUCAUCCUCCUUCCAAAGAUGAGGAUCCGACACAACUUUCUUUGAUGCUGAGUGGGAAACCGUACUUGGCUUCAGACCCUUACAUCUGCAGAAUCCGUGAUGACCAAGCGAGAAAAGUAUGGGAAGUGAACCAAACAGUAGAUAUGGGACCACGUAUGAAAGUCAUGAGCGAACUGGUACGUAUGGCCAAAGAGGUUUACAUCGUACAGGGAUUCUUCUGUGAAUAUGGAUUCAACAUAACUAUAGGAGAAGACGUGUUCAUAGGUGCUAAUUGUACUUUCCUCGAUGUCUGUCCAAUCAAGAUAGGGACAAGAACGAUGUUUGGGCCGAAUGUACAAGUCCUCACUCCGUCGCAUCCUAUCAGUCCAGAAGAACGAAACGGUUUACAAGGUAGAGAAUGGGCUAUACCCGUUAGUAUUGGAAAUGACUGUUGGAUAGGCGCAGGUGUCACUAUCUGUCCAGGAGUGACAAUCGGCGACGGUUGUACUGUAGGUGCAGCGACGGUAGUCACAAAGGACAUUCCAAGUAGAUCAGUGGUUGUUGGAAAUCCAGGAAGAGUGAUCAAGAAGAUUAAGGAAGAUGGUACGCUUGAAACUGUCAAUUAG